CGUAAAAUAUAUACACAUACCAGUGGAACCACAGUGGUUUAAGUUAUAAAAUGGUUCGUGUACCCGCAACUGUGUAUUUGUCAAUCGUAUGGACUUUGGUUUGAAUACGAAAUUUCACAGAGAGACAUUUUUCCUGUGUAAAAGUCAUAUAAUAUCUUGUUUGCACAAACAAUCUUUAUUUUGAUUGCCAUGACGCCCUUUCGAGCACAAAACAAAUCCAUUUAACCAUUUUCACAUACUUAGACUUAAAUGUGUAGUGUAUUCGUGGCUCCUUCUACGUAUCAUUUCAGUGUUUUUGUUUCCACAGAAAAAGAUGAACUCAGCAAAUAUACAUUUUUACUAGUGUUGAACGAAGAAGGAAAAAAAAAAUUGUUCAUAAAUCCAUUCCAUUUCGACUCUCUCGGUUGCGAUGAUGGAGCUUAUAAAUACGUUGGUAUUUGUUAAAAAGAUUAAAUAAAAAUGUAAAAUAAAAGUUACAUUUAAACGUAUGCUCUCAGUCAAAUGUGCACCACUGAGUUAAUAAUAUUUUUCUGACUUGAAUUAGUAUUUUAGUCAAGUAAAACCAGUUGUUGCGUAGAGGCGGGGACAAUCGCGAGUUGUUGAUCCGUUCGGGCGCCUUAAGACGGAUGCUAUUUUUACUGUUUCAAGUGAUUUAAAUCUAUUUUCGGUUAUAAAAAUAGAAAAACAAUUUUCUUUUUCGCGUCAAAAAAGAAAAGAAAAAAAAGAAAAACAAAAAUACAAAAAAAAAUAAUGAAAUUUUGUGUGUAGGAACUGGUGAAUCUUAUCUUUGUGUGUUUAUAUUAGCCCCAUAAUAAUUACCUACACGUAUUGCCUUAUUUAUUUGAAAUUUACUGAGCAAUCUGUUAAUAUUUUUCGUCGUUUUCAACAUUCGUCAUCAAAAGUUUAACUGAAAAUUAAAUUUUUGUUUUUAAUCACAACUUUUUGUGUGUAAAUUUUAUUAAUUUUCUUGUGCUAUUUUUCGUGCUAAUAAAUUUAUAAUUGACUAUGUUUGUCGUAAUUUAAAAAUAACUUCAUACAAGAGUAGACACUAGCCAUCAAUAAAGAAUUAAAAAAAAUUUCUUUGGCCGUAUUGUGUGGCUGUGUGUAUAUGUGUUUUUUGUUGGAGACGAGUGGUUUAUGUGAAACAAUUAUAUAUACUACACUACAACAUUACAUAUCGUAGCGUAUAUAUAUGUACAUAUCGAACCAUUAAGCGAAGAUUUUUUUUUUCUGUUAAAUAAAUAUUUUGUGUUAACAAGGUGAAAAUAAAAAUCGACUGAAGAUGGCACUGAACAAUAGUAAUAAUCUAAACAACAAUACGAGUAAACCGAACGCAAAUGCGAAACAGGGAAAUUUACUGGUACGAAUCGAUCAAGAUUCGGCCGAAAAUCUGCAAGCACUAUUCGACAGCGUAUUAGGACCAACUGGCACAACCCGAAAGCUAACGAAACCGUUCCGCAUGCGAGAUUUGCCACCAUCAUUUUUCAAUCCACCAUUAACCGGCUCCAAAUCACCAUCGGUUUCGCAUUCUCGCGAAAACAGUGCCGAUUCGGCCUUCGGUUCCGGUACAACCACAAUUUGUUCGCCGUCCGGUGUUAAUCCGACCGUCAAUCGUUUGCCCAUUUCACAUUCGCGGGCGCACAGUAGUCCGGCGUCGCUGCAACAAACUUAUGCUGGACUCAAUAACAAUUCGUCGAACAUAAAUUCGAGUGCGACAACGCAACAGCAACAGGGCCAGACUCAGUCAACGACGCAAACCAUUCAACCUGUUCAUAUGAAACAACGGUCAUAUGAUGUUGUCAGUGCAAUACAAUUACAGGAUGAAUUGGGUGAAUUACCGGCUGGAUGGGAACAGGCUCGCACAGCAGAAGGACAAAUUUAUUAUCUCAAUCAUAUAACACGUACGACACAGUGGGAAGAUCCCAGGAAACAAGUGGCAGCACAACAGUCAUUAACGCAACAUCAAAGUACUGAUUCAUUAUUAGCAAGAACGCAGCAACAACUUCAACAACAACAACAGCAGCAGCAACAACAACAGCAACAACAACAAGCAACAUCACAAGCAGCCACAGCUGCUUCCAAACCAAUUAUAUCUUCAAAUGCACUUGGACAAUUGGGAACACUGCCUGAAGGUUGGGAGCAAGCCGUAACCAGUGCCGGUGAAACAUACUUUAUUAACCACAUUAACCGUACCACUUCUUGGGUUGACCCACGGGUCCCAAGAAUACCUGAACAAUUUCAACGAUCGAAUCCAUUAAGUUCACGCAUCGAAAUGAACGUCGGACUGGGGAACACGGCUAACAUAAAUAUUUCUAAAUUGAAACGUGAAGUCGAAGUGUUAAGGCAACGGCAACAAGAAAUUCAAUUAUUCAAUCAAGACUUAUUAGCUCGUCAAAAUCAACAGUCAAUCGCACAUCAAAUGGAUCCAUUUCUCUCCGGCGUUACCGAUCAUACACGACAAGAGUCAGCGGAUAGCGGUUUGAGUGUGUCGUCGACAAAUUAUUCAAUGCCUCACACACCUGAUUUUAUGGCAAAUAUUGACGACAGUAUGGACUGCAUAAGUGAAAGUGGAACUAUGGAAUCAAUAAAUACUAAUUUAGAGAGUACAGAUGACUUAGUGCCGUCUUUGCAUCAGUUGGGCGACGGCUUCAGCAACGAACUACUUGAUGACGUCCACAAUCUUAUAGAUACAGCCGCAACAAAGCCACUCACCUGGUUAUAAAGUUUGGUCAAUUUGAAUUUUAUUUUUAUUUUUUUGUAAAGUAUUAGCUGAAAUAGGUGUUAAAAUUUUACUUAUUAAUUUGUACGGAUAUUAUUUAAAACUUAAGUCUAAUCAUGCCAACGACGAUAUGGUUGAGUAAUAAAAUAUAAAUGACGUUCUUUUCGGAAGGAAGGAGAAAGAGAAAGAGAGUUUGUUGUCAUCAGAUUUUAUUUGACGAAAUGAGAAAACUGCAAUCGAAAAUCUGAAAAUGCGUUUAUUAACCGACGCAAUUGAGACGGUUUCUUUUCUUAUGAAAACGAAAAACAAAUGAGGAAUUCUAUUAUAUAUUGUGUCGUUAUAAUAUAUCUAUAUGCGUGCAGAGUCAAUUUAAAAUUGUUUUUUUGUAUUAAUUUAAAAUAUAAAAAUUUGUUAAACCAAAUCUCGCACCUAUUUCCCGGGUGGAAAUAGUCAAAAAGUCGGACAUUUUUAUGUGUAUAUAUAUUCGAACCGAAUGCGUAUACAUAAAUUACUGGUACGGCAAUGUGUGAUGAUCGUUUUUAAUUAUUAAAUUUUUAUUUGUGUCUUAAAAAAGCUUUCGUAUUUUAAAGAUUUUUGUUUUGAUAAUUUUUAAUUUUUACGUUACGCUUAAAAGAACCCAUUUUUUAUAUCUGGAUAAAUGUUCGUCACAGACGAAACAAAACAAAAUAUUUAUGCGAUAAAAACAAACAAACUGAUGAUGAUGUGUUUGAAGUCAGUGCAUUUUUUGAAUUCGUUCAUUUUGAUGAUGAAAAAAAAAAGUAGAAAGAAAAUCCAUGAAAUUCAAACUCUCUGCAUGAUCUAAACUUGGAAAAAUGAUCGAUGACCCAAGGAACUUAAAAAAAAAGGAAAUUUAAAUCAAAAUCAAAGCAAAUAACACGAUUUUUCCCGACUAUAUUUUCUAAAUUUAUUUAUUUGCGUACAUUUAUAUUAGGAUGAUAUUAAUGCUUCGAAGUGCCUUUAUUUCAACAUAUCUAUUAUAUACGCAUUAGCGUGUAAUGUAAUUUUAUAUAAAAAAGAUUUAAAAAAAAAAUUAUUUCUAAUUAAGUCGUUGUGUCAACGCUUAUUUUUGUAUGUCUUUGCUCAAAAAAUAAUUUAUGGAAAAAGUAGAAAGAGAAAUAAAACAAAUCCCUUGACCCGACUGCAAUUAGCUUAAGAUCCGAAUGCGCAAAAACGAAAUUAAGAACCAAAAGGAGUAGAGCGAAACGAGACGAAAGAAACUCGGAAAUGAAAAAUUCCAUUUCACUAGUCCGCUUCACUCUAUAUAGUUAAUGUUUCCAAUUUUAAGUGCCUACAACAUGAUCAACAUCAGCAAAAAAAAUGUUUUCGAGAUCCGUUCCAUUAAAAAAAAUUAUUUUAAAAAUUUCCCGCACUUAAAUAUCGAUAAAGUCGAGAUGUGUCCGUUUAUAUGCCGUCCUUAUUAACCUGUCUGAUAUACUUAUACUGAAUACUAAAAUAAAAUUUUUGGAAUUAGCUUUGCAUCAGCCAAAGGUGACAAUAGAAAAACGAUGAAUAAUUUUUCUGGGGAUUCCUUUUUUCAAUAAUGCCCUGUGUCAUAUGCAAAGUCGAUUUAUUAUUUUGUUAUUUUAAUUUAUAUUUAUGGUACUUACGUCUUUACUACCAAUGAUAUGUCCAAAAAUGUAUCAUACUUUUCCUACGUCGACAAUUCGGUAUAAUUACACACAUUUCUGUUGGGGAUUAUACAAUGCAAUAUUCAAAUGUACCGAAUUGUCUUCGGUGAAUUUACAUUUACUCGACGAAGAUCUCACGUAACGGAUUGACAAAAUAAUAGCAGAAAAUUGUGUCGCUAAUAAAAUUUUACAAUUUAUGUUAAUUAUGGUUUUAGGCUAAAAAAAAGUGUAUUUUAUCAAAAUGUAAAUUAUUUUCAGUUAAUUGAAAAGAAUUUUAUGCAAAAAAAAAACUGAGGCCAAAAGAAGACAUACAAAAAUACGACAUUUAUAUAUCUGCCUUAAAUAACUUAGAAUAGUGAUACUAAAACAAACGUUUUUUUUUAAAUAUAAUUAAAUGUUAAUGUUGUGUUCAGACUGCGAGAGAAAUCUUAUUGGAAAAAAGUUGAAAAAUCAAUUCCAAUACAGCCGAAAGCAAUCGAAUUUCUGUCGAGAUUUGCUUCAGCUGAUUUUCCAGCUGAUCGACUCAGACAAAAACAGAGUUUUUUCACGUGAUUAUAAUGAUUUUACCACCAUCACGCGUGUAUGUGACUGUAACUAUUUGACCAGACAAACAUUACUGUGUUCGUAUGAGUGGACCAGCUGGUACAACAGCUGAAGCAAAUUUCGAUACAAAUUUUUGGUUGCUUUGUGCUGCUGUUGGUAUACAUAUAAAAACAAACAAAAGUCCAUCCCAAAAUUAUCGUCGUUCUUCACAAUCAAAAACCUGAUUUUUUUCUUCAAUUAAAACAAAAUUUUCUUGAUUUUACAAAGAAAUGUUCGAUCGAGACUAAAUAAAACAAUGUAACAGUUAGCAAUAUAUUAUACACGAUACACUUAAGUAGAAAUGAAUUUAAUUUACAAAUAUUUUGUAUUUUAUUAUUGAAUUAUUAUUAGAGAGAAAAACGUGCAUUACUUACCUUUAAUUUCAAUAAUUUAGCUUUUAGAAUUAUUUGAAAGAAGAAGAAGAAAAAAUAAAGUUUUGAUUCAAGUAUUAAGUGGAAUUGAAUAUAAGUUUUUCAGUUUGGGAUUAAUUAUUGUUUCUUAUGUCACAGAGAAGAGAUUUCAAAAUUUAUUUUCGUCGUUUAAGAUUACAUCAAACUGUUCUUUUACAUGAUUCGUAAUUCUGUUUCAUUUUUAUUAUAUUUCUAUAAUUUUGUGUAUAAUAAUGGAAUAAAAGAACGCAAUUUAGCACAUAGUGAUAUUUUACUGAAUUUUUAUCUUAAAAAAAGAUUUAUGAAACAAAUCAACAAUAAGAAAA